AUGAAGGAGAAAUUACCCAAUUACGAAUAUAUUAACCUGGAUUCCGGCUGGUGUAACGAAUGCGAUGAGUUUGGAAGAUGGGCAGUUCGCACUGAUUUAUUUCCAAACGGGUUAAAACCCGUCUCGCAGCAUUUAGCCAAGAAUGGUCACAAGUUGGGUAUUUACAUUUUACCCGGUAUACGUCGUGAUGCUGUGGAUAACAAACGAAUCAUCAAGGGCACUACACAUACUUGUGAUGAAUUAGUCCCUUCUCGUUUUGAAGGUUGUGGGUUUAAAGGGACAACAUAUAUGCCUGAUGAACACAGUGCCUUGGUCCAAGCGUAUUAUGACUCAAUUGCCGAGGCUUUUCAUGAAUGGGGUGUCUCCUUUAUCAAAUUGGAUGCAGUUGGUCCCGGUGGAGGCAGUGAAUAUUAUCCUUUCACAGCGCCUGAUAAUCGAGCGUGUACAGUCAUGCUACACAAAGCAUUUCAACCUUACAACAUGUGGGUUGAAAUUUCAUGGUACAUAGAUCCAACCUAUGCAGAUGAAUGGGCUCAAAUCUGUAACGGAGCACGUAUCUAUGUAGAUAUCGAGUCUUACUCUACCAAGACUAUGACUUCUUCGCAUCGAAUUAUGCAGCGUAUCACACCAUGUGAAGCAUGGGCUAACACCUGUGUAGUAGGAAGUGACUAUGGGUUCUAUAUUGACCUAGAUGCGGUUCUGGUGGGUAUGACAGUGAAUGGUAAAUGUGUGGAUGGUUUGGAUAAUGACGAUGUACGACAGACCUGUCUAAGUUUUUGGGCCAUUGUGUCAUCCGUCUUUUGUUUGGGUUCCGAUCCACGCGCCAUUCCCGAUAAAUACCUGGCGUGGUACAACCAUGCCGAAAUUCAGGAAAUUCAUCAGAGUGGUGUCAUGGCAAGGCCCAUUGGGUCAGGCAAUGUGUGGCAAAAUAGAAAGCAAGUCUGGUGGAAAAAGCUGAAAGAUGGUCGCAUCUAUGUUUGUUUGAUCAAUGCUCAUACCUAUAUCUUUAUGCUUGGUUUGAGUCAUGAAGUCACAUUGAAUUUGGCAGAUAUUGGAUUACAGAAGGCACAACUAAAGGAUGUCUGGACAUCCGAACAGUUAGGUGUUUAUGAAGACAAGUAUAGUAUUGUGCUUCGUGCUGGUCAAAGUCAAACUUUGCUUAUUACUCCCGUUCUUGGAUAG